CUUGUGAGAACGAAGAUGAUUAAGUAAAUUUUCUGCCGUGCUUCGGUGCCGUAGUUGAGUUUCUGAGUGCGUGAGGUAAAAGAAACUCCGCGAAUAUUGCCAAGUUUUAAAUGUAGAACGACCAGUAAGCCAAGAAAGAAUACUAGCGCCCUGGUACUAUUACAGAGCCGAUCCCACCUACCUUUGUAUUGCGAAAGAGUCAAGCCAUCCGUACAAAGAAGCCACAUGGUCGAAUGAGUGGUUGCGUUACCGAUUUGCGUUCGCCUACGCGAGCAGCCGAACUCCGGCGCAUGCGAACGAUCGAUCGGCGGGACGAGCAAGCGCAAACCCAGACGGGGGUGUGAAAGCUCAGGCGGCACCCGUCCCAGGAGGUAGGAACAGGACUUUCAAGACAGAAAGCAGACACAAACUGCGCUGCGGAUCGGUUCUCGACGACUUCUGAUAAGCAGUGAGUACUCGUCCGCUAGAAGAUCAACAUCUACAUCUGACUGCGAAGCAAUCCCGGCAGCUUCACCGCUUCCUACUAGUUUUCGGAUUCGAAGGUAAAGGACUGUCAUGUCGGAAGAGAUCGACCGUCAUAUUCUGCGGAAGUACGACGUGGUACAGAAGCUGGGCAAGGGCGCCUACGGGAUCGUAUGGAAGGCCAUCGACAAAAAAUCGCGCGACGUGGUAGCGCUGAAAAAGUGCUACGACGCCUUCCAGAAUGCCACCGACGCGCAACGAACGUUCCGCGAAAUCAUGUUCCUACAAGGUGAGUUGAGUUUCCUCAGAAGCUGCAGUGCUUCGGCCGUGCAACUUUGUUUCUACACUUGUCCCUUUUUCUAUAAUUACUUGGCUUUCAGCACGCUUAAUAGUUUCUUGGUUCGAAGUGAGCACGCGUGAACAAAAGUAACUAAAGCUCCACUUUGCAAAACCAGAUUUGAGCGGACACGAAAACAUCGUGCACCUGAUAAAUGUGCUGAAGGCGGACAAUGACCGCGAUAUCUACAUCGUAACCGACUACAUGGAAUCCGACCUCCACGCGGUGAUAAGGGCGAACAUACUCGAGGACAUACACAAGCAAUACAUCAUGUAAGAAAGUUUUCUAGUACUACCCGUGCCUGCCAGCGCUUCUGCGGGGUUAUGCAGCUUUUUUGCGCUGUCUGCUUCAAUGUUUUGAUCCUACAAAAUUUUUACAGAAAAAAAUUCCAAACGAACUACAGCUACCAGAUGUUGAGGUGUUUGAAGUACAUGCACACGGGUAAAAUGCUGCACCGGGAUAUCAAGCCUUCAAACAUUCUCUUGAAUUCGGAUUGCCUUGUGAAGGUAAGAAGCGGUAUUUUCAGCAAUGUAAGGAAAUUGAAAUUUUUUCAGACGUGGAAGAUCAUUUUGAAAAAGACCGUUGGUUUCUGCGGCUGCAUUUUCAGCAACAAACGAUACUUUCCGUGGAAAAACCACUUCCAACUUCUGCAGGUCUGCGACUUUGGCCUCGCGCGAACCGCCACGCAAAUGUCGCAGGAGAAGGGAGACCCGGCACCGGUUUUGACCGACUACGUCGCGACCCGAUGGUACCGCGCGCCAGAAAUUUUGCUAGGCAGCACGUCCUACACCUACGGCGUCGACAUAUGGGCGGUUGGGUGCAUAUUAGGCGAGCUUUUGAAUGGAAAGCCAAUAUUUCCCGGCAGCUCAACCAUGAAUCAGCUCGAUCGGAUCUUAGAGGUAAUUGUGCAAACUACCCAUGCGUUGAAAAUUGUAAAAGUGAUUUGCAGCAGCUUCACCGCAAAACUACGCUCAGUGCAUGUUUUGAUUCUGAAGAUCAUUCUGCGGUCGGCAUCCAAAAUGCCAAUACUGAUGUGCACGCAAGUGAAGUGCGCGCAAAAAAUGAUUUACCUGCCUGCCGUUGUCGACGCAAAAGAAAAAAACGUACACAGGUAACCGGGCGACCGUCUGCAGAGGAUGUCGCAGCGUUGCAAAGCCCCUUCGCAGAAACCAUGCUGGAAAGUUUGCCGAGCAACCGGCACCGAACACUGGAUAACAACCGGUUUAAGGAAAUGUUUCCCUCCGCGUCGAAUGAAGCUCUCAGCUUUCUCCGCGAGUGUUUGAAAUUCAAUCCGCAAAGACGGAUCUCUGCGGAGAAGAGCCUGCACCACGCGUAUACUCUCGUAGCAUGAUGAAAGAGUCUUCUACUGUUUCUUCAUGGUUGCUUGAUUGUUCUUUUUGCAUCGACAUCACUUGUUUGCACUUACCUUUUUCAUCAAUGAUGCACUACUCCCACAGCUAUGUCGCCCAGUUUCACAACCCGGCAGACGAGCCGUCCUGCCCAAAGCCAAUCUCAAUCCCGCUGGACGAUAACACGAAACUUAGUGUGGCAGACUACCGGGACAAGCUGUACGCAGAGGUGGUGAAGAGAAGAAAAGACGACCGGCGACCUAGCAGCAGUUAUGACGGGUAAAAGAAAGACUCCUAAAAAUAUAUAUGCCGAGUUGAUUUUUCUUUGUCGUGUGCGGCAACUACGUUUUAGUCUUCAUAGCGAGAACCUGUGCCGACUGGCCAGGCAGCGCGAGACACGAUGUAUGCAUCUGUGUAAUCGGUUGUCGAAAAAAACCAAAACAGCAACGGCGGACAGUCGGGCUCGCAGGCACGACCCGGUAGCCAGGCUGCAUCGGGACAGCGAAAAUCCGCCGGCGGAAAUCCCGGGGACUGGGAAAAAGUCGAGUCUCGAUCGCAGCCCGGGCGAUUUUACUACGUCAAUAAGCGGACGGGUGCCAAGCAAUGGGAAAAACCAGAAGGCGUGGCGUGAGGAGUCGAUCUGGCCCGGCUUUAUUUUUUUUUCUUUUGAGACAGCACUUUGUUACAAUUUUACUUAAAAAUUACUUAUUGCGCAUUGAUGUCAAUUUAUUACGACGCGCUGCUGUCUUUGCAGCAGCGACGGCAGCAGCCCUCUGCCAAAGGAUGUAGAGGCUGCUGCGCCUCCAUCGCAGCUUCUCUUCGCUGUGUUGGAUUAUCUACCUUUUGUUAAGACAUCGUCAUUCGAGGAAUUUGCUGUGAUUUUUUCACAGCAGCUCGAGUUAUGUUUAUUGUUUGGUCAGCAUAUUGGUCCGAGACGAAAAGUGCCUUGUAUGUCAUUGUGGAUUGCAUUCUUUGGUGAUUAGAUUCUUUGUAUGUAGACUUUUGUAACAAAGGUUCUGCUCGACUAGCAGAAAAGCCAUUCAACGGCACCUGACGCACCAGCGCGUGAAGGUUUUUUUUGCGAAGAU